AUGUGGGAGGACCACAGGAUGUCGCAGGGGUGGCAGGAGGCGCGAAUGCAGAAAGAUCGUGGUGAUGAUGACCACCACAAUGGCCUGGGCGACCAGAAACAGCAGAAAACCAUGGCUGACCUUCAUCAAGGUUUUUACAUCGUCCUGUAAACAAACAGCUAUGGUCUCGCGCUCUUUAAGGCAUGUCUAGCGGUUCAGGUGGUUCUCAGCAGAGCGGUCUGCCCCCCAGCCCGUCAGCAGCGAGUGCCAUCUCCUCACCCAAGGCAGCAUCCCGCGGCCGGCUCUCCCUCGCCGACCGCUCCCCACUCGCCCGGGGGCAUACGACUGCCGGUAGAACAGAAUCCAGUACAGUACGGGGAGAUGGCCGCACAGCCACGGGGUCUUCCUCGGCCGCUGCUGCUGCUGCUGCGCCCGAUGUGGGUGCUGCCAGUGCUGCGGGCAUUGCAAGAGGACUUGCACCGGAGGACAGGGAGAGGGCUGAGAGGAUCAUGAAGCGACUGCAGGUACAAAUGAGGACGCGUCGAGGGAUGGAUGGAUGGAUGGAUGGAUGGAUGGAUCUGUUGUUGUUGGGACUCGUUCUUGCUGCAGGAGCAGCAGGCGGCUGUGGCUCAGAGCCGCAGUGCGCAGCACAUCAUCCGGAGCGACUCUGAGCAGCGGCGGGGUGGGCGUGGGAAUGAUGUCUUUCACACCCCUCGUGGGGAUGAUGAGGAUGAGGAGCCGUCGCAGUUCGCCCGUGUCAGGUUCCGCGACAGGACGAGCUACUUCUGCGACAGGAGUGCCAUCCAUCGCAUGACCAUCUUCCUCGCAUUCGCACUCGCCACCGUGGCCCUGCUGCACAUGAAGGACUCAUUCGGCUAUGAUAUUCGCUGGUGCGUGCAGCGGGAGGGGCGGGGGGGAGAGGAGAGAGGUGGCGUGCACAUGGCGUGUUGUGUGUCGUGGGUUGGUUGUCAGGGACCAUUUGGUGCUGCUGUGGGCCGUCAACCGAGUGGUGGAGUACAUCGAGAUCACCGCCAUGACCGCCCGAACCUUCUGGCUGUACACCUCUCACGGCCGCGACCCACCUGGCCCGCCACACGCACACUCCCAGCUGGCGCUGGGCAGACUGCUGAUCCUGUUUCUGGAGCUGACGACGGCCGCCAUGCUGGUGGUGGAGAUACAGACACAGAAGUUCGGCAGCUAUGUCAUGUGCGGCUAUGGGUGGCUGAACGGGUACGGGGAAGAGUGUGGGAGAAUGGGGCCCACGCUGCUGGCUUUGCCUUUCUUUGGGUGGGUCUUUGUAUGCAGUCGUCUUGUUAAUGCGGCGCUGCACAUCAACGUGAUGAGUCAGUGUAAGUUCUACAUCCCCGACACGCACCACCUCAUCACAGCGAUAGUCGUAUGGAUCGGGUAAGCUAUUACAUCAAUACACACACACACACACACACACACACAUGAACACACGGCUGCACUGGGGGAUGGACGUCUGUCUGUGUGCAUUUGCAGAGUGGCGGCGGCGAUGAAGCUCGAUGGUUGGCGCAUCAGCUGGGUGGUCGUACUCGUGUAAGCCACACACCUUCCCACCCCUUCCCACCCCAAGCACAGGGCAACCCAGUGACAUCCUCCCAUUCCUUGUCUGCCUGCCUCAAUUGCAGUUGGCAGAACUUCGCUGUCGGCGCAUUUCUCGGCGAAGAACUGCUGCACGUAAGCAGCCAGCCAUCACACACAUCAACACACACGCGACCCCAUCCACCUCUGCUCUUAACGGGCGCAUUCAGAUCUUGCAAGCCAAGUUGAGUCGGUUCAGCGGCGCGCCGGACAGCACGCCCGAACAGGCCAAGCAGCUGUUCUUCUCGCGGCUGUGUGUGGUGCUGGAGGAGCUGCCGUGGCUGGUGCUCAUUGUGGCGGCCCUGUGGUGGCACAUCAUGCUGCUCAUGUGGCUGCAGUUCCAGACCAACUUCUACAGGCUGGCCUAUAUGGCUUACCCCGUGUUGGGCUUCUUUUUCCUGGCGUUUGCCUACCAGUGCCUCGUCUACCGGUGCGGCGGCAAAGACACAGACAGAGACACAGCAAUGAAUGCGUGUGUGUGUCAGGAUGCUCGGCCCCCGGGCGCCAGAGUACCUGACAAGAGGGCAUUGAGACACUGUAGUCAAUUGUGGACAUGUCUCUCUCUCCCUCCCUCUCUCUCUGUGUAUGUGUCUGUGUGUGUCUCCCAGCUGGACGGCCUUCGGCGUAAACCCUCGACGAUUCCUCCCCUCCUUAUACAUCCGACCCAGAUAUGUCAAAGUGAGCAGCAGAAAGCCACAAAUGGAUCCUCUGCCACGAAAUACAUGUCACGUCUCUCUUGGCUAUCUAUCAUUCAGAAGCACAACGCCUGUUACCUGAGGUACAGCGGCCCCAUCCCCCGCCCCAUGGCAGCAGUGGGCGACAUCGAGAGCCAGACCCUGCCGCUGCCGGCCGGCAGGGAGGAGGAAGGGGCCGUGUCUAAGUCUGAAAGCCAAAUAUCGGAAUCAGGUCCGGUGGGCGCGCAGCGACGGGAGUGGAGAUGACCACCAAAGGAUGUGUGUGUGUGUUGUGUCUCGGGCAGAGAAUGGCGAGGACGCGUGUAUCGUUUGUCGCGCGGCCAGGGCCAACGGGAUCAUAAUGGAGUGCGGACACUCCGCAUGUACGCCGGCCGGCCGAUGGGACACACACGGGGGCUGCAGGCAUCGUUUUUGUGUAUUCGUAUGUGUAUGUGUAUGUGUCAGGCUGCUACACUUGUGCGCGCCAGAUAUUCAUCACUGACCAGAAAUGCCAUUACUGCAGACAGGUCAGUGGUGGCCACAAUGCAUUCAUCCCAUGCGGCCCUCAUCCAUCCACUCCACGUGUGUGGUGGUGUGUGUGGUGUCAUGUGUGCAGCCGUCAACGUUCUUUCACAAGAUUGAUCUGAAUCCCGUGGCCCCCGGCAUAUACAGAGUCAUCAAAUAAGGCAAUGCAGUGCAAUGCAAUGCGUGUGUGAGUGAGGGCAUCCAGCUGUGUGGCAUUGCGUUGCGCCAUGUGUAAUCAGUCAGUCCAUGUGGCGAGUAUGUGCACACACAUACAGUAAGGAAUUCGUUGGGACCUACGGAUGGAUGGAUGGACCGUCGGACCAACCAAUAGUAGACAUGUGGGUCGAUGCGUGUGUAUGUGUGGGAAAGGCCAUUCAAGUGUUGUACAGCCAAAACCUUCGUCCAAAAAGUCUUUAUUCGACUAAUCCUGCCUGCCUG